AUGGACCUCCGCUUCCGGCAUCCCACCACCGUGCACCGCGUCCGCGCUUGCCUCGCCGACGACGCACACGAUCUCGUCGCCGUUGCCGGCGAGCAUUCCGUCGACGUCAUCCAAGUCGCCGAUACAGGCUUUACCCAGAUCGCGUCGUUUCACAUCGGGACCAGCGUAACCGCUUUAGCAUGGUCCCCACGGACAGUAUCUCCUUCGAGAAGCGACCGUUGGCUCUUGGAGAUAGCAGUAGCAAGCGCCGAUUUUGGGCUUCAUCUCCUCACCAAGUCUCCUGAAGACGACGAACACGUCUUUCCCUUUGGCGGCGGCCUCAGCGGACACCAUGGCAAAGUUACGGACAUGGCGUUCUGCGGUGGCACAGGCGAGGACGCCUGGCGCUACGUCGCCACAGUCUCCGACGACAGAAUGAUGAUGGUCUGGGACCUCUACCCGAACGUCGACAUCGGCUCCACCUCGGGCGGCUCGCAGGACGACGGCUGGUCGCCGCCCCCGCGCCGACAGCCCACCGCGCUCGUGAUCAACUUCGCUCACCCGCUGACGUCCAUCAGCGCGCACCCGUCGUCGAACAAGGAGUUCCUCGUCGCCGACUGCCGCGGCUCGAUUUUCGUCACCGACUGGCGGCGGGAUCCCUACGCGGAGGACGGCCCGGAGCCGUGGCGCGGAGCCAGCGUCGUCGAACUCGUCGAGCCCCGCGCUCUCGCAAAUACCGCGCAGCCCUCCCCGGACGGGUCCGUCGCGUGGCACCGGAGCAGCGCCGAGUUCGUCGGCGCCGCGUUCGGCCCCACCUUCGCCAUCUACGACCUGUCUGCGCUGAACGGCGGCAAGCCGACCGCGUCGGGGACCGCCUUCCCAGAGGGCGCAGGUCAGUUCCGGUGGUGCCCCACCUUCCCGGACUACUUUGCCAUCUCCUCCUCGCCGGCCUCUGCCAAGGGGGCCACCAUCCACCUGUACAACACGCAGUACGUGCACACGCCGCCCAGCGCCCUGUCCGUCGCGCCCCGCCCGCACAAGAUUCGCGACUUUGACUUCCUCGCAUUGCCGGGCAUACCGCGGAUCGCUGCAGCGGUGGGCAGGGAGGUGAUCAUAUUUCCCAUAGGAAUGGAGUGA